UCUCGUCGUUCUCGCUCUUUUUCGUGUCCUCGAAGCUCGAAGCGGUUCACGCGCUCUCUCGUUCUGAAGAAUUCCGCCUGUAGACGGAGGAGAUUCCUUCAUCAUGUCGUUGAUAGCUGGGGAAGAAUUUCAGCACAUUCUUCGUGUGCUGAACACAAAUGUCGACGGGAGGCAGAAAAUUAUGUUCGCUCUGACCUCUAUCAAAGGUGUGGGUCGUCGUUUUGCCAACCUCGUCUGCAAGAAGGCAGAUGUUGACAUGAGCAAGAGGGCUGGAGAGCUUUCAGCUGCAGAGCUGGAGAACUUAAUGGUCAUCGUCGGUAACCCAAGGCAGUUCAAAAUCCCAGAUUGGUUUUUGAACAGAAAGAAAGACCACAAGGAUGGUCGAUACUCGCAAGUAGUGUCGAAUGCUCUCGACAUGAAACUCAGAGAUGAUCUGGAGCGACUGAAGAAGAUCAGGAACCACCGUGGUCUCCGACAUUAUUGGGGCCUGCGUGUGCGUGGUCAGCACACAAAGACCACUGGUCGUCGCGGAAGAACAGUCGGUGUGUCGAAGAAGCGGUAGGGUCUUUGUCUGAUGUAGGGAACUUCAAACGUGAAUCCUUCAACACUGUGCACUGGCCUUCAAUUCAGACCACUAACCAUGCUGGGUCUACGGAGGUCAUCACAGUAGUUAUCUUCAAAAUAGAUAAUUUUCUUAGUCGGGAAGGAUACCAGGUCCGUAUUACCUGCUGCGCCAAACUUUCUUCUUGAAGGAGGUUUCGGAAUAUUUAUUCUGCGCGACGCUGCUCGUGGGGGAAAGCAGUAAUUCAAAUUCGUCUGCAGCAGUCUCGACUAUUCCAGAUCUACUGCUGUAGAAAAUUUUCCUGAGAAUGUUCGGUUCUUUCAUCACCUCCUGUCGCAGAUUUCUUCCACAGGAAACAAAUGUACAAGCAAUGGACCUAGACGGCCUUGACAGUGGAAGGUUCUGUCCUACUGUGUUAUGUAGCUUACCAAAUUCGGUGUCAUUUUUUUCCUCUACUGUGUUAUGGUGGC